AGGUGAGAGGGACUUCACAUCACACUUGCAUGAACGCGCACGCACGUCGCACCACCACACGGACAAAACCAAUCUGGUCUAUCCUGACCAAGCCCACCGAUGUUGAGUCGUCUGGAGAGGGAGCUGGAGAGGGAGGCCCGACAACUGGGGCGCGACCUCAUCCGCGGUCAGGGCGACCACGACGACUACGACGACUACGACGACGACGACGAAGACGACCUGCUGGACAUGGAGAUGUCUGAUAUCGUCUUCACUCCUUUGAUGAGUCGUUCCAGGCCGCUGUCUCGGCAUGUUGCUGCAGCCACGCCCAGGGUUCAAAGUUUCCAGGUCAACGUCAACAUCUUGGAAGCGCAGAAACUGGCGGGCGUCAACAUCAACCCAGCCGUGUUCAUCCGAGUGGGGGAUCAGAAGAAACACACGGCCACGCAAAAGUCCACCAACUGUCCCUUUUACAAUGAAAACUUCCAGUUUGAGUUCCAUGAAACUCCAGAGGUUCUCUUUGACAAGGUUAUCGAGAUCAAGGUGUACCACCGCCGAACCCUGCCCUUCCUCACGAGCCACGUGGGAACCUUCAAGAUCGACAUUGCCACCGUGUUCCAUGAGCCAGACCACCGCUUCUACGAGAAGUGGGCCCCGCUCACUGACCCGGCUGACACCCGAUCGGGGGCCAAAGGCUACGUGAAGGCCACCCUCAGCGUGCUGAUGAAAGGCGAGGCUCUGAACGCCGGCCUGCCGCCCGCCACGUCCGGCGCCAACGACGACAUCGACAAAAAUCUGAUGCUUCCCCGCGGUAUGCCUUCCGAUCGCCCGUGGGCUCGAUUUCGAGUGCGGGUCUACAAGGCAGACGGCCUGCCCACCAUGGACGCGGGGUUGAUGGCCAAAAUGUCCAAAGUCACUGACCGGAGGGUCUUCAUCGAUCCUUACGUUCAAGUCACCUUUGCCGGACAGCAGGGUGAGACGUCUGUCGCGAGUGCCACCAGCUGUCCGGUUUGGAACGAGGAGAUCUCCUUCAUCGAGCAGUUUCCUCCCCUCGCCCAGCGGAUCAGAGUCCAGGUCCUUGACGACGCCAAGAUGGGGGACGUCGCUCUGGCCACGCACUUCCUGGACCUGCAGCAAAUUUCAGACCCCACAAGGAACGGUUUUAACCCCACCUUUGGACCAUGCUGGGUCAAUCUAUACGGUUCUCCUCGGAACUCCACCCUCGGAGACGUCCACCAGGCUUUGAACCAGGGCCUUGGAGAGGGAAUCUUUUACCGUGGUCGAAUCCUCCUGGCGCUGUCUGUCGAGAUUUACUCCUCACCACUGGCCGUCGCCACAGACUCCGGCUCGGCCCCGCUAGCGAUGGUGAAAGGAACCUUGAGCAGGUUGGGACUGAGGAAGAAGCGAGGCAGCAAGAAGGAAAAAAGGAAGGAAGUUUCCAGCCAAUUAGGCGAUGAGUCUGGGGAGGCGGGAGUGGAGGUGCCAGAGGCGGUGACUGUGGACGUGGAGGAGAUUCACCCACUGCCUGAGGGUUUCCUGGGUGAGAGAGAAGACUUUCUGCUCUUUGCGUCUUUGUUUGAAGUUACCAUGAUGGAUCCGUCUGUCGGCACCAGGCCCAUGACCUUUGAACUUUCCAUUGGAAAUCGUGGUAAGGCGGUGACAGCCGGGAGAUCCAAGAAGAGCCAAAGCCGGGAGGAGGCGCGACACAGCCGGGAGGAGCUGAGGCAAAGCCGGGACGAUCUCGGCGAGGAGGCCCAAGGGCUUCUGGAGUCGGAGGAAGAACUGGACAGGGAGGCGGUUCUGAGUCCAGAACCUGAGAACAGAUCCGUGUCCGAGCCCAUGAGACCGCAGCCCACCGAAUACGACAGGUCGUUUCAAUGCAUACCCCUGCACGCGCCCUGGGAGAAAAACAAGCCGUGUUUGUUUGUCUGGAGUCAAUUCGAAGACCACAGCUUUCGGCUGUACCAGGCAAAUUGGCUCAGCAAGAUGGCCGACAGGCUGGAGAUCGGUCUGGAUGAGGUGGAGCGUCUCGGGCGGAGGCCCCGCACCAACGUGAAGGAGCGUCUAGUGCACGUGCUGCUGGAGCUGGUCACUUCCUGCAAACAGUUCAGACUGUCCUCAAACCGCCUUGCGCAGUUUCGUCCCAACAAUCUGGAUGCACGCAGGAAAGACUUCAUCAAGAAGAAUUUGCUUAUGCUAGCCAGACGGGCCAUGAGGGUCAAGCAGAGGCUAACCAGGCGGACACUCAAACAGCACCUGACGGGCGUUAAAAAACUCCUGAGCAAACUUCGACACCUGGCCAAAGAGCCCCAGAACACCAUCCCGGAUGUCUUCCUGUGGUUGCUGAGUGGAAGCAAACGACUGGCCUAUGUCAGGAUCCCCGCCCACUCCGUCAUCUUCUCACUGGUGGAGGACCAGAGGGGGCGGGAUUGUGGUCGGGUCACCACACUCUACAUGAAGUCUCCGGGCAGUUCCGCCAGCGAGAUCUUCGCCAAGCUGGAGGUGUACCUGUGGCUGGGCCAGGCCAAGUACAGCAAGGAAGCCAUCACCUCGCUCCCAGACGAGUUCUUGCCCGUCUACGAGGAGUCGGGGGAGGAGGAGGCGGCACCGGUCGUCACGGCAACCAGGAGGAUGCCCAUCAGGCUGUGCUGUCAGGACAGUCGCUACUUCCAGCUCCGAUGUCACCUCUACCAAGCGCGCGGCUUAAUGGCGGGCGACGACAACGGCCUAUCGGAUCCCUUCGCCAAGGUGCUCUUCUCCACGCAGUGUCAGGUGACCAAGGUGUCCCCAGACACGCUGUCGCCGGCGUGGGGCGAGUGUUUGCUCUUCGACCGCGUCCUUCUGGAGGGAACGAUGGAGGACCUCGGUCAAGACCCCCCCCUGGUCAUCGUCCACAUCUUGGACUACGACGCCGUGGGUAGCCCGAAGCCUCUGGGCCGAGCGUACGCCGAGCCCGAGUUGAAACCCGCGGAGGCGCUCUACCGGAAGCCCCGUCUGCGCUUCUACGACAUCAGCAUGGGCAGGAUGCCGGCCGGAGAGCUGCUGGCCGCCUUCGAACUCAUCGAGCUGGACUACUCCACCUUCGGCGAGGUGACGCGCUCCGCUGCGCUUUUUGUUCGCGUGAAGACAUGCCAGUCGGGAGUGAAUUACCGCUGGAACCACUUUUCAAAUAAUCCACAUUGA